AUGACCACGAGAAGAUCUCGGUUAAAAGCAGUGGCAAAUUUGCCCGUUCGAAGAAAAAUUGCGACUCAAGAGACCGUAAAUGAUAUUAACACUUCAAAUAAUUCUACUUUAGAAAAUGAUUUAAUUUCAAUUUCAAAUGUUAAAAACAACAAUGACGUUCUUACGUGUAAUAAUCUUAAAAGUGAUACUAAUGUUCAAACUGAUAUUGAAAAUAUAGAGUUUUGCGAACUAAAAAAAUCACCCAGUAAAAACAAUAAUAAUGAUAAUAAUUGUGAAGCUUUACAUAACUGUUUGAAAAAUAAUCCUAAUAAUAUAGUUUCAAAAGAGGUUGUUCAAAAUGAGAAUAUCAGUGUAAAAGAAAGUAAGAUAAAAUCAAACAAUUUUAAUAAUAGUUCUAAAAAACCUUCUAUAAAAUUACAUUCAGGAUUUGAAAAUAGUUCUGAUUCUAGUAAUGUUUCAUCGUUAAUUUUGGAAAAUAAAUGUCAAGAGGAAAAUAGUAAAGUUGAAAAUGUUUCAGAAAAAUUAGUUAACACGGAAAUUUUUUUCCAUAAUGAAAAUAUUGAUAUUAAUUUACCUGAAAAGUCAGUACCUUGUUUGCCAGCUUCAAAUUUUGAUAAAGAUAUUUCACCCCCAGCUAUUUCAACUUCAUUACUAUUACCUGACAAUAACUUUUCUAAAGAUGAUAAUAUAGAAUUUAACGAAGUUUCACUAUAUAAAAAUCUUGUAGAACAAACAGAUUUGUAUGUUAAUUUACCUCGAUUGGUGGAUAACAAAACAACAGAAAUCGAUCCUGAAGAACCAGAGCCUAUUCUAACAACAUUGGUUAAUUGUUAUACUGGUAAUAGCUUUAAUGAAUUGAAAUCUAAAGAAGAAAAAUCACUUUCUGAAGAAAUUAAUAAAAAAAAAGAAAUUGCGAAUGUAAAAAAUUCAGUAAAUUAUUCUCAUAAUAUACCAAUUACACAAACUAAUAAUGAUACUUUUGAAAGUAAUAUUUUAAGAAGUAAUUUAAUGGGUGAAAAGCCUCAAGAUUCUUUUGCUAAUAAAAUCAUUUCUUCGAAGAAAAAUAUUACAGCUGUGAAAAGGAAAAGAGCAAAAUGUAGCGAUUUUACAAAAAAAUUAGCUGAUGCCAGGAGAGAAUUUCAGAAAAAAUAUGAGAAAACUAAACCUGAUAGAAGCACUCUUAAAAUGAUAGAUUUAAUUUUUUACAAUCCAACUACUAAUCCUAUGGAGUCCAAAAGUAAAAGUGAAAAAUGUGAAACUGCUCUUCAAGGUGAGACAAUUCAAGAAAAAUUAGCAGAAGAAGAUAUUGAUGAACCAAUGAGUUUAAAUAAUAGCUUUGAUUCAAGUUCAUUAGAUGCAAAUGAUAGUCAAAAUUCCAGAUUGCCUGUCCCUCAAUUAAAAAUUGGCAGCAAUGGUGAAAUUAUACUAGAUGAAAAAAGUGUCAUUAUUGAAACAUCGGAUGCAAAAAAAAAUAGAGAAGAUUUAUUAAAAAAUUCUGUUCCAAUUUUUGAAGAUAAAGGAACUAGAGUUUCUUAUUAUAGAAGCAAAAGUAGAAAAACUAGAGAUUGGACAGAUUUUGAAACCAAAAGGUUUUAUAAAGCUCUCAAUACAAUUGGACCUGAUUUUUCACUGAUGCAAAAAUAUUUUCCCAAACGCUCACGACUAGAAUUAAAAAAUAAAUUUAAAAGAGAAGAACGUUUGAAUAGAAGUUUAAUCGAUAGAGCUUUAAUUAAUCCAUCUGAAUUUGACAUGACUCGUCUUGAAAAUGAAUUAGCGGUUGAAAGAAGAGCAGAAGAAAAAGAAUUAGAAAUGAGAUUAAAUAAAUCAUUAAAAGAAAAGGUAUCUAGGCGUUCGAAAUUAAAAUCAACUUUUUUCGCAAGAGAAAUGUCAGAGUGUGAAAAAGAAAUUGAAAAUAAUGAAUUGAACAAAUCAGACAAUAUAAUUCCUAGCAAGAUUUUUCAAAGUGAAAAAGAAAAGAAAAACAAAGAAUUUGGCUUUAUUUUUCAAAAGAUUGUUUUGAAUGAAUUGGAAAAAGAAAUUAAUGAGCAAUCAGAAAUUUCUAAUCCUACUACAGAUUUAUUUUUUGCUCCUAAUUAUAAAGAUGUUAUUUAG